AUGCCUAAUAAAAUAAGGGGCAAUGUGUACAAAAGAGCAGUAAGAUUAGCUUUGCUAUAUGGAUCUGAGUGCUGGCCGAUGAGAAGGACGGAUGAACAGAAAAUUCACCUCACUGAGAUGAAAAUGCGACUUUGGCGUGGAGGAGUUUCUAGAAAAGAUAAAAUGAGAAACGAUUACAUUCGUGGUAGUUUUAAAGUUGCUACGGUGCACGAAAAAUUUAGAGAAAACCGUCUACGCUGGUACGGACACGUGAUGCGACGGUAUGAUGACCAUAUGAGUAAAAGAGUUAUGAACAUAGAAGAGGGGAAGAAAGGCCAUGGACGACCACCAAUAACCUGGCUGCAAACACUAAAAAACGACCUGAAAACUACUAACAUAUCAAAAAGGGUAACCCACAAUCACACGAUGUGGCGCAAGAUUACUAGGAGCUCUGACCACAAUUAA